UAAAUACGGACUGAAGUCACAGAGGACUUCUCGCGAACUCGAUAUGGCUCCUCCACGUAGAUUCCUCUCAAGCAAACACUCAUCACCGAAUCUACCGUCGCCGAUGAUGGCGGUGGCGGCGGAUCCACCGUCCAAUGUAGUCCCGGAGCCUGAUAUUGUAGUCAUCAUAGGGGCGCUACUUUGCGCACUAAUGUGCGUGGCGGGACUUGUUCCGCUAGCCAGGUGUGCGUGGCUCCGGCGGAGCCGCCGCGCAAGGGCGGCCGGCGGCGCAAGCCGACAGCGCUCGCCGUCGAACAAAGGUCUGAAGAAGAAAGUGCUCCGGUCGCUGCCUAAGUUCACUUACGGCCCCGCCUUCGCCGCCGACGGGAAAUUCCCGGCCGACUGCGCCAUAUGCCUGACGGAGUACGAGGACGGCGACGAGAUCCGAGUGCUGCCGCAGUGCCGCCACGGCUUCCAUGUGAAAUGCAUCGACACCUGGCUCGGGUCACACUCUUCCUGCCCGUCGUGCCGGCAGAUCCUCGUCGUCGCCCGGUGCCGGAAGUGCAGCUGCAAGGAGAUUCCGUCUGUCUCGGCUGCCGGAGCCGGAGAAGAUUCUCGAAGCACCAGUAAUAUUCUAGGUUAACCGGAAAUGGAGUUCAAUUGUAGCUGUAAAAA